GAGAGAGAGGGACUCUGCAGACACACACACUCAUACACACACAUUCACACAGAGUCACACACACGGAGCUUUUCUCCUCAGCCCUGCUGUGUCUUCACUAACGGGACAAGUUUAAACCUCCAGGAUAUCUCCGCCGGUUCUCCGCUCUCCUCUCGCCUCCAUGUGAACACCUCGACCCGGACUGAGGACGUUUACUGCUGCUAAAAGGAUGAUGAUGAGGAUAAUGGGAGGAGGCCACGGCCGAAGGUGCAGCCCUCGCUAAAAUCACACUUUCUCCCAAAACUUCAACCCUCUACCAUCCAUCCACCACUGCCGUCCCCCCUCCUCCCCCUGGCGCCAUGGCCAACCACCUGGAGCUGAUCCAGGAGCUGCAGCAGCUGGACAAAGUGCCCAGUCUAGAGAGGCUGCGGGCGGCCCAGAAGCGGCGAACCCAGCAGCUGAAGAGAUGGGCUGUGUACGAGAAGGAGAUGCAAAACAAGAAGCGAAAGGCCGACAAGAAGGGACGCAAUGCCAACAACCUCCAGCAAGAGUCCAAGAGGCACGUGUCGUUUGCCGCCAGCGUGGCACUUCUGGAGGCAUCGGCCAGGAAUGAUCCUGAUGAAGUGCGCUACCUGCUCAAGAACAAUGUGAGUCCAGACCUCUGCAAUGAAGAUGGCCUCACCGCUCUGCAUCAGUGUUGUAUAGAUAACUACGAGGAGAUGGUGAAGAUCCUGCUGGACCGAGGAGCCAGCGUCAACGCUCAGGACAACGAGCUGUGGACGCCGCUGCACGCCGCUGCUACCUGUGGCCACGCAGGACUGGUCAAGAUUCUCAUUUCACAUGGUGCAGAUCUACUGGCAGUCAACUCUGAUGGGAACAUGCCGUACGACCUGUGUGAAGACGAUCCAACACUGGACAUUAUUGAGACGGCGAUGGCCAACAGAGGCAUCACCCAGGAGAUGAUCAACGAGACACGAGCGUCGACAGAGAGGAAGAUGCUGGGGGACGUUCAGGAACUGCUGAGACAGGGAGAGGAGGUCAACCAACAGGACUCUCAGGGAGCCACGCUGCUCCACAUCGCAGCAGCAAAUGGCUACGUGCAGGCUGCAGAGCUGCUGCUGGAGGGGGGAGCUCGCAUGGACUUGAGAGAUUCAGAUGGAUGGCAGCCGCUUCACGCUGCAGCAUGCUGGGGUCAGAUGCAUGUGGCAGAGCUGCUGGUGUCUCAUGGAGCCAGUCUCAAUGCCAAGACCUUCCUAGAUGAGACCCCCAUCGAUCUAUGUGAGGACGAGGAGUUCAGAGCCAUCCUAUUGGACCUAAAACACAAACAUGACAUUAUCAUGAAGUCACAGCUCAAACACAAGACCUCACUGUGUAGGCGAACGUCGAGUGCAGGCAGUCGUGGAAAAGUGGUGCGGCGAGCCAGCCUGUCUGAUAGACACAACCUGUGCCGUAAAGAGUACGAGACGGAGGCCAUCGUGUGGAGGGGAGGGAGGGAAGAGGAGGAAAAGGAGAAAGAGUCUGAUCAGGAGAAUAACCAUGUGGUCAAGCCAGUCGUAGCUGUUGAGCUGCCAGAGAAGCCCAAGCUGCCCACCAUCCUCAAAGACGGCAACAACAAACAGAACGGCCUCAUCUCCACGACGACGUCCACGCCGCCACAACCGCCCUCAAAUGGCAACACAUCAUCAUCUGAUAAGGGUGGGGUCAUCACCACUCAGCCUACUCAGGAGGAAGCCUGGCCAAGAGAGCGCGCUCAGACCUUGUCUGAGCUCAAGAAACAGAGAGCUGCUGCCAAAUUGUUGAAUCACCCCUUGUUCAACGGUCACCUAGGCAACGGCUCCACAGACUCCUUCACUGAUGCCAAAAACAACUCCGAGGACCCCCGCAUGCCACUGGUCUCCUCCAAUGGCAACGCGGUUUACUACACGCCAGCCAGCGGCGACCCACCCCUCCUCAAACUGAAACAGCCAAUAGAGGAAGAGCAGCCGAAGGUGCGAACCUGCUGCUGUGUGUCGUAGCACCCCGGUCACGUCACUGUUGACAGAACAGGAAGUCUUUGCACAGAGAAGCAAGGAGCGUGCUGUAGGAGGAGAGGAAGGAAGGAAAGAGGGACUGUUCCUGUCUUUUAUCAUCCUGUUCCUCCCCUCCUUUAAACUUCUCCCAGAGGAGAUGGCUGGGCUGAUGAAGGUUUGGAAACUUGUACCACCCUGCCAUGUGACUCCUGCUACAACAGGAGACAUCUUCCCCAAACACAGGCAUGUUUCAAGUAUGAGCAGUGCCACCUUUUUUCCUCCAGGCGUCACUUGGAUUAAAAUUCCUUUUCAAAUAUGGAGUCUCUCAACAUGACAAAAGGAAAGAAAGAGUGCAAGAAGCUGUUCCUCUUGUCCUGCUGUCCGCCUGCACCUUUAGGAAUCAAAGUGGGGACAGAUUUUUUUUAAGCUUUUCACCUGGAACAAGUCAAAAAUCAUGAGUCCGGAAACUAGAGAAGAUCUCAAGGUACAAGGUGCAUGUUCUGCCCUCAGAGAUAAAGAUGGAGUUUUUUUCUACCAUACAUACGGAUGGAUAUCAUGUAAUUAAACGUUUUCUUCAGGACAAACUCGAACUGUCGUCAACCACAUUGUUCUGCUUUUUUGUCACAUUCUCGUCAGAACAUCAUCGCAGAACGAUCCAGAUGUAUUGCAUUACAUCAUGUUGUACUACAGCAUAUCAAAAACGUAGCAACGAGAGAUCCGUGAUUUCUCUCUAAUGUCAUUUUAAAAUGCUACCUGCAUACGUAAAGGGAAGGAAUGCCAUAAAACAGUGUUAAAACAUUCAGGAAGUGUACUUCUACAGCGAGAGGUAACAGGAACGAGUAUAGUGCUGCACUAGUGUUUGAAACUGUCACUGUAUUCUGUCAGCUAAGCUUCACUUCACCGUCCUCUCAUAUCGAACCCAAACUGACAGAUCACGCUCUGUUUUAUGCAUAACACACUUUGUGCUCUCUUGUUUAGAUAAUUUAAGCAAACAUGGUUGAAAAUAACUGUACAUUUCUUUAUUUAUGAAAUAAUGUUAUGUAAAAAAAAAAAAAGAAAAAAGAAAAAAAAAGAAGCAGCAUAUUAUGGUUCCUAAAGUUGAGUGUAUUUAUUAUUUGGAUGGUGUGUGGAGAGAGUGAAUGCAAUACAAGAUGAGCUGGUGUCAUCCAGCGGAGCACCUUCUGACGUGGAAAAUCAAAUAUUCAACUGAUCAAAGUGAAGUAAGGCUUACUGUCUGCUAUAUGUACAUGUUAUAAGACUCACACAAACGAGCCAUUCUGUCGGGAUGGAUUUAAUAUUGGUGUCACUACAAAUAACAGUGUUAUUUGUUUGUUGUUUUUGUUGUUUUUUUCUGGUGGCCAUUGUGUGGCUUUAUCCUCUCCCAGUCACUGUAUUUGUUUCAUUAACAGAAAUGAUAAAUGUUAUGUAAUGAAUUACUGUAAGUAUAGUAGGAGUUUUCUGAAGUUACACAUGGAACUGUAUGCUUGCCUCAGUUUUUUAAAGAAAAACAUUAUGGAUUUGGUAUGUAGCAAAGCCCACACCGUCACGUCAGGUGUCCCUAAAUGCAUCAUGGUUUCAACUUAAAAAAUAUGAGCAAAUACUAGAAGUAGCUUCUCUGAUAAAUUAAAGGAAUAGUUUGACAUUUUGGGAAAUAUGCCUUCUUGCCAAAGGUUGGAUGAGAAGAUCUGUAUGCUAAUGUCGCUGGAGCCAGCAGCUGGUUAGCCUAGCUUAGCAUAAAAACUGCAAAAAGAAGAGAACAGCUAGCCUAGCUCGGCCCAAAGCUAUUUAUUUAUUUAUUUACCAAGUACCUGGAUACAGUAACUACCAGUCCAGACCAUAACCCACAAUUUCCAUAUUUUGUACAUAUUAAACAAACAGUGUGAAUAUAGCUUUUUUCAAAGCAGAUAUUAUGACUCAUCAUAGCAGGCAUAGCACAAGUGGAACUACUAAAAUUAAUCAUGGCUCUGUUCCAUAAAGUGCUCAUAAAGGAAACUUUGCUAUUUUUGAUCCUGGACUUUUUGUCAUGUUUUAGUGACUAAUAGAGACAACUGCUUUUGAAAUUGGUCCAAUUUUGAGAGAGGCCACGACAACCACAGCAGUGAAACAGGCUGCAAUCCCUACAACCAAAUGUGCAACGUCAUUUUAAGUCCAAUAGAAGUGCUUGUUUUUGUCACUGACAGGCUCAGAUUGUUAUUAUGUGUCUGACAACAUUAUGGACACGACCAAGUCACGCUCAAGGAGAAGUGUCAUUCUAAAAUGUUGUGACAGGUGACUUGUCAGAGGAAAAGCAAUGUUGGAAUAGUUAAUGAGAGUUGGAGAGAAGAGUGCCUGGAAGAGUUUGUUGUGUUCGAGUACAGAAAGUGUGGCUUAGUGUCAUCUAAAAGAUUGUCAGUGUCAUGGCUGAGUAUUUAGCUGACAAUGUGGAAAAGUCCGCUAGAUUUCUAAACAAGAUGUCUCCCUGAGCAAGACUUGGUUACACACAUUAACAGAUGGACUGGAUCGGCGAAAGGCAAAGAAAAACGUUUCAUUUCUCUGUAGGGUGUUUUCCAUCAUAUUGUAGACAUUUAUAACAACCAUCAGAGCCUGUCAGUGAUAAAAAACAAGCACUUUAAGCGGACAUAAAUAUAAUGCUAUACAGUGUACGUAAUGUUCAUUCAUUGUGCAGAAUAAGAAAAAUGCUGACCGAUUCUGAUGUGCUGAAAUAUCGUGCAUCUCUAGUAAACUGACAGUGCGCAACUUCCAUAGAGAUCACAUUGCAGCCUAUUUUACCGCUGUGGCUAUAGCACUCUCUCAACACUGGAUCAGUUUCAAAACAAUGUUGUAUUCAUUAUUUAGAUAGACACAAAAACAUGGGAAAAUAGGGUCUAGGUUUAAGACUAGGGAAGUUUCCCUUUAAAGAGCCUCUGCAGUGAGCCAACUUGUACAAGACCAAAAUGUCUGCUGUCAGAAAGUGAGUGUUAAAGGGGCUGGUGGACAGAUUUUGUAAAGUUACUCAUUUAUUAUUUCUCACAGAGCCACGCUAGCUCUUUCCCGUUUUCAGUUUUUGUGCUAAGCUAACCGGCUGCUGGCUGUAGCUUUAUAAUUCACAGAUAUAAGAGUGUUAUCAGUCUCAUCUAACUCUUAGCAAGAAGGAAAAUAAGAAAACAAAAUGUUUAACUCUAUCAGCUCCACUUAUCUCGCUGUGAGUGCCAAAGAGUCUUCCAUGAUCUAAAAACAACUUUUAGGGACAUUUGAAAACUUCUGGGGGGCGAAGGCUGUCUUUGCCGUUUGUUUCUGCAGGCGAACCCCUUAAACUGAUUACCCACAAUGCCACUACCACCUUAUCCCCACCACAUCAACUGUACAGUGUCAAAUAUUUGUACAGAUGCGUUUGUAAAUAUGUUUGUAUUAAUAUCCCCUUCUCUGUUCCCAUGAACCGCAUUUACAUGUCUGUGUUGUUACUGUUAAAGAACAAAUAGGAAAUACAAUAACUCACAAUAUGAACAGUGUUAGCAGACAUCUGGUUGUCAAGGGGAAACUGUGAGUCUGUGUAGACCCCUUUGGUAGGCCAGCAGUCUAAAAUGUAUCUGGUAAAGUGGAGUGCACCCAGGUGUCAUCAUCAUUCUCAGUAUUUUUUUUUGUCGCUGUGACCAUUUUUUUUUUCUGUGAAAUUUUCUGCAUUUUCAUAGGAAGCAGAUUGUUUUUCAGCUCAGUUUGAGGAAGUACAAAUUAAGUCACCGUCAAAGAGACUGCUAUAUCCCCUGUUUUUGGUUCCUCCUUUUUGUGUUUUUUUUUUUUUUUCUUCUCUCAAGUGUCCAAGGCAGUGACGUCAUCCUGUUAUGAUUCAGCUGAAAUUCAUUGAAGUUCACAUUUAUCUGAGCUGCUGCAAUCAAUUCCAUUUAAAUGUCAGUUAUGCUUCCUUAAUUAUGAAAUUCCACAUCGCAUUUAAUUUGAGUUUUGAACCACGACCUGGUCAGUAUUAGCCAGAAAGGGACAGUCGGCUGUGUGUCCUCAUGGUAUAUAGAUCAAAGCUUGUGUUUGUCUGCAAGCCUUGUUGUCUAUAAUGAUAAGAUUAUGAAGACAAAAAACUACUGAUUUUGUAAUUACUGGAAUAUAUUGAUGGUUGCAUUAACAUAUUUUGAAUAAAUUGUAUAUUUUGAGAAUUUUA